CACGCUUCUCGAUACCUGAAGACAAAAUUCCUUUCCCCCUCGACCAUCAAUUUUCCCUUUUUAAUAACAUAUUUUAAUAUUUAUUUUGCUAAGUUAAUGUCCCUUUUUAAUAUUAUUUUCCUUUUAUUUCCCUUUCUCCCUGUAAAAAUCUCGAUCUAAAAAAGGGAAAAAUUUAUUGUCUGAAAAUCCUCCGAGCUCAACAAGAAGCUUAAACUUUCACCUUUUUGCUAACCCAAGCAAGAUCGACAUUCUUCUCCCACUGCCACCCCCUUUUAGAUUUGUUUAUUUUAUUUUUAUUUUUUAUAAAAUAUAAAAUUAUUCUAUUUUUCGAGAUCACGGUGCACUUCAACCGUCUUGUUUCAGUCCACACCAACGGCUACGGUUGCAUGUUCGACGGCCGGAGUUUGUUCCAUCGCGAAAGCGAUCAAGACGGGUACGUCGUUGGAAUCUAUGUCUAGUGCUGAGAUUUGGAGAGUAGGAUUUGCCGACUACUUUGGAUGCCUAUUGGUAUUGGCUGCAGGAUAAAUGCUUUUUAUUUGGGAUUUAGGGUUUCCGAGCCUGGUGCUCGUGCUCUCCCUGCUCCUUCCUUUGAUCGGCUUUUUCGUAAGGCGGAAAUGGCAGUUUUCUGUAGCAAGGCAAGCGGAGAUAAAGAGGCUCUUGAUUUUGGCCUCUGAGGAGGCGGCUAGAGUCGAGCUUGAAGCGACUAUUGAAUACGGUACGGUUUCUAUUUCGCGGAACUAUCACCAGUGUGCUGUUUGUUAUUGUCCUACUACCACGCGGUGCGCUCGCUGUAAAGGGGUUCGAUAUUGUUCUGCGAAGUGUCAAAUUAUUCACUGGCGGCAAGGUCACAAGGAAGAAUGCCACCCACCUGCCAUUGCCAUACACCAAAAUCAUGAUGAAGGGAGCGAUUAUGGUCAGAAGGCGAUAAAUCAAGACCAAUAUGGAGAUAGAUAUGAGAUUGAAGAAAAGUCACAUGCAAAGUUAAUUGGAACAUCCUCUACUGAAUCUGCAUUGUUUAGUUCCAUCACAGGACCUGCAUUAUUGAGUUCCUCUAGCUCUUCUGUGGUUUUAGAUGGGAAGGAUGAUGAUGCAAAGGUUGAGUUUCAUGCUGAUAGGGAAGGACUGAGCUCUGCUCCAGAAUCUUCCAGUGCUUCAUUUUCAGGAUUUUCGUCUGCAGCUGGUAGUGAAUCAUCUGAUGAUGUUUCUGUGUGUGAGAGCGUAAGUUCAAAUGAGCUUGAUAAAUUGGAUGGUUCCUCAUCUGCUGAUGUUAAUCUUGACACGUUUUGGACUUCUGUUGUCAACAAUGUGGAUCAAACCAAUCCAUCAUCCCCUAAAUUUGUCAGUUUGGUUGAUUCUGUGGAUGAAAUUUCUAAAUUAAGUCAUAGCAAGCCUGAUCAAAGUGAAGAGAGCCAGUGCAGAGCAACUAGUUCUUCAGGAUUAGGUGUUAGUGAUAUGUCUGAGGGCUCAAAUGCUGAGGCUUCUAGAUUUUCUUCUGAUUUUUGGGGCAGAACUUUGGAAUCAGUUCCAUCUACAAGUGUUGAUGACAAUGAGUCAUUUAACUCUUAUCAUAAAGAAGGCAGUAAAAUGGCCUCACUUGAUUCUGGAUCAUCCUUACAUUUUUCAUUUACUUUGGCUGGAAAUGCUUCUUCCUCAUAUCCGCAAGUCUCCAAGGUGAAAGAUGCCAAAUUGGAUGAUGCUACUCAAUGUGCUACUACUUUGGGGCAUUCCAAGCUUUCAGAUGGAGUAGUUUUGUCCGAAAAUGGUGGUUUAGAUUCUCCGAAUGAAGGAAACUCCAAGUCCUCAAAUUCUGUAUGCACCAACCAGGGUGAAUGUGGAUCUAACAAUAUUCAGCAUGUUAUAAAUCCCAGAGAAGCUAUCAAUAUAGAUUUUCCACUAGUCGGUAGCUUGUCAUCUUCCCAUUUUGAAAAAUCAGGCUCUACUGUUGUCACUAAUGGACCUAGCAUUAGCAAUGCUUCUCAUUUGUCAGAGUCAUCUGAUUCUUAUUCAUCCAGUGACAGAGUGCAUGCUGUUCCCAGUGUGAAAUCUGGAAAAUUUGAUGAUGUUCAUGCAAAUUUCGCUAAAUUAUCUCAGUUUUCAAGUUAUUCUUCUAACGGUAAGAAUGGAUUGAAAACCUCAAUGUGGAAAGUUGUUGAUCAAUUCAGAGUAUCUAAAUUUCCAAAACACCAUUCAUUUGGAGUUAGUAAUGAGGGAAUUUUUCCUUAUGAAUCAUUUGUCAAGCUUUAUAGUUGGAACAAGGUGGAAUUACAACCACGUGGCCUUGUAAAUUGUGGUAACAGCUGUUAUGCCAAUGCUGUCCUUCAAUGCUUGACUUUCACUCCUCCUCUGACUGCUUACUUUCUUCAUGGAAUCCAUUCCAAAGCAUGUGCAAAGAAAGAUUGGUGUUUCACUUGUGAGUUCGAAAAAUUAAUUUUGAAGGCUAAAGAUGGGAAAUCUCCGCUGUCCCCUAUAGGAAUACUUUCCCAACUACAAAAUAUUGGCAGUCAACUUGCUAAUGGGAAAGAGGAAGAUGCACAUGAAUUUUUAAGGUAUGCUAUUGAUGCUAUGCAAUCUAUUUGUCUUAAAGAAGCUGGGUUGGCUUCAUCAGGUUGUUUAGAAGAAGAAACAACUUUAAUAGGCUUAACAUUUGGAGGCUACCUUCGGUCAAAGAUAAAGUGCAUGAAGUGCCAAGGCAAGUCCGAACGUCAUGAAAAAAUGAUGGACCUAACAGUUGAAAUUGAAGGAGACAUAGGAACCCUAGAAGAGGCUCUUCGGCGGUUUACUAGGACUGAAAUUCUGGAUGGAGAAAACAAGUACCAAUGUAGCAGAUGCAAAUCUUAUGAGAAGGCCAAAAAGAAGUUGACAAUAUUAGAGGCUCCAAAUAUUCUUACAAUUGCUUUGAAGAGAUUUCAGUCUGGUAAAUUUGGAAAGCUUAACAAAGCGAUUCGGUUCCCUGAGAUUUUGGACUUGGCACCAUAUAUGAGUGGGACAAGUGAUAAAUCACCCAUUUACAGGCUCUAUGGAGUAGUGGUCCAUUUGGAUAUCAUGAAUGCAGCAUUUUCGGGUCACUACUUGUGCUAUGUUAAAAAUGCUCAAAACAAGUGGUUUAAGAUUGAUGACAGCAUGGUGCUCACCUCGGGCCCCGAGAUUGAUGAAGAGCAGAAAUAAAGCCAUUCCAUCGAGUGUCAAUUCAAAGAAUCCGCUGAAGUCAAAUUCUUGGACAUAUUCUGGUCUUGAUGAAUUCCACCCCAGCUUGAUUCAUUCAGAUACUCCUAGCAGUAUUGAAUCUUUUUAUUCAAAAUACAAUCAGCUGCAAAGGAUUUUAGAGGACUCGUCGUCAAGUGAUAGUUGUUCUCUUUUUAGCGUCAAUUCUGAUGAAGGUUCCUGCUGUACUGAUAGCACACGUGAUUCUACCAGCACUGAUGACUUAAUAGAUUCUAUAUUUGGUGAUUCAGUCCAAGGGUGGAACAGCCCAUGGAGGAGUUGUGAUUCAGAUGCUUCUUUUUCAUCAUCUUCUUCCCCCCUUUACUUGAGGCAUUCACCUGUUGCUGAUUUAGACCGAUAUAGUUCGGGUUCACCCGAAAUUCGCAGCUCUCGAAUGGAUGAGGAAGGUAAGGGAGAUGAUCCUUUUUUCCACUCCGACACGAUGAGUAAACAAUGUAGAAAGGUAGUAGUAGCUUAGGAAAACUGACUCAAAAGAGAUUAACCUCUUAAAAAUGAUGCAUGUUUUAGAAAAUCAAUGAGGGAAAGAAGAGAUUAAAAAUCUUAUUACGAGAUUUGAGUUAAAAUGAGGUAAAUAAGAGUUUUUGGGAGGGUUGUAUAUGUAAUGUACUUACUCAUGUAGUUAGCUUAGCUAUGUUUAAAGAAAGCAGCCUAUCCCUUCUUGUUCAUAGCUUCCCGUUCUCUAGGUAAAUAAUACACCAGCCUAAUCUUCAGGCCUCGGUUUAGCAUAAUUGAUGGCUUAACUUUUGAAAAAAUAAAAAAGGAAGUUUUCAUUUCAUCGAAAA